AUGGGGUCAAAACUCUGCACCACAGCCCAAAAAGAAGAUCCUAUGGAAAUGAUAAGGCAAGACUUAGAAGCCAAAAUUGAAGCUUGUCCUAAAAACUCAUUUUUAGAUGAAUCGGCAAAUAUUGAUGAAGGAUCUCGUGAAAUUAAUUUACCGAAAGCUAGUACUCAUUAGAUUAGAAGAAUUUCACAUAUUUUUAUUAAAUAAUAUAAAUUAAUUUAAAAUUAUAAAUUACUCAUUCAUCGCCUUCAAGCAAGCCAAGCUAUGAAAUUGAACAAAUAAAGGCUAAAAAAAAAUUAGCAAAAGAUAAUUUCAUCUCAGAGCUCAGCACGAACAAUGAAAUCAUAUAUGAAGGAGAGCUCUUUCGUUACAAACCAUCUGCCAAAGAUAGAUUUAUUUCAAGAUGAUGUGAGCUAACACAUGAAUCAUUUCACUACUAUAAAAGUCAUGUAGCAAAUAUAAACGGUUGCAAGCCAUUAUUAACAAUUCCUUUGUAUAUUCUCUCUAUAUCAAUUAGUAUAUUUUAAGAUAACUAAAAUAUAUUUUAAGAAAAAUAAUAAUUAGAUGUAUUUUCUCUCAGAAAGAAUACCAAAUUUUGAAAAUUGAAAAGUAAACGCCAUUUAGGAUUCAAAACAUAUCAAAUUAUUUCUGCAUGGAAAUUCUCACCAUAGAUAACAAAGCUGUAACCUUUAAUUCAAGAAGUUCUUCACCUUUUUCCAUUAGCGUAUCCAUGUCCCAUACAGGAUUUUUCGCUCCGGAUUCUCCAGGGGUAGAAAAAGGUCAUCUCAUGAAAAAACCUUUUCAGCUCGCACCUAAAUAUAGAGAACAAUCACCAACCGAAAGGCAUUUAAUGACCAUAACCCCGCCAAAUUUUCGAAAAUUUUACUCAGGAAAAGUCAACGAAAGAAAAAAUUCCUGAACAGUCCGAGAAAAAGAAAUGUAUAUGGCAGAAGAGCGUCUAAUUUUGUGCCACAACAACCUCAACGAUCUUCAGAAGUGGAAGUGGAUCAUUAAGCAUGCAAUGAUAGAAAAAAAUGUUUAA